CGGCACUCAUCAGCAUUUCAGAUCAUUUGGACAUUCCCAAAGACGCUUCAGGACUCGUCGAUUAAGUUAACUCCUCUGCUGGAUAAGAUGGCCGCAUCUGGAUUACAGCUGCUUGGAUUUUUUCUCUCCCUGGUCGGAGUCGGUGCGACUGCUGCCGCCACUGUUAUGGUGGACUGGAAGAAGCUGGUCCAGGGCAAGCACCGCUCCUAUGAGGGCUUAUGGAUGUCCUGUGGUGGCGUCCAAGACAGAGCCACCUGUGAAAUUUACCAUUCCUUUAUCAAACUGCCAGAUGAGAUUCAAGCAACCAGGAUAGCGCUGCCACUCAGCCUCUUCCUCUCUGCUCUGGCAAUGCUCGUCUCCACAGUGGGGAUGAAGUGCACCCACUUCAUGGACGGUGCCUCGCAGAGCAAAUCUGUGACAGCGAUGAUCGGGGGAAUCAUGUUCAUGCUCUCAGGUUUAUUGACCAUCAUCAUCACCUCCUGGUUUGUCAAAGUUGUUCUUCAGAACUUUUAUCACUCGCCUCCUCUAAUCAGGUCUGAGUUUGGUAACGCUGUGUUUGUGAGCUGGGCCGGUGGACUCCUCACUCUGACUGGAGGUGCUUUCCUGAGCUGUCGGAGAUGCGCGGCCAUGUCCUCCGUGUCCAUAAGCUCCAGCCGUCUGCUUCCCACCAGUGAUCCGAAGUCCAACUACGUCUAGU